AUGUCUAAUGGUUACGAUUUGAAUAACCUAUCAUUCGAUAUCUUAACCUAUUCGAACAACAAGUUCAAUGAAUUUGUUAAAGAAACUUUGGGAGAUGAGGAAUUAGAUAUAUUUAAAGUUCAAUCAAUAAAAAGUGUGCAUUCUCUAUUACGUACAAAAAACGUUUUUGGUAUAUUUGAUCUCGAUUGUGAUGAGUUAAUUAAUAUCAAAGAACGCUGUUGUUUCAAAUUAAAAGAUAACAGUUAUGUUAUAAAACAAGGUAUUAUUUCAAGUGUUGCAGAAUUUGUUGAUACGUUAAAAGCAUUAGAACAAAAAUAUAAAAUGUCGUUGAAACAAAAACACUUAAAUUUACCGAUAACGGAUGAUAACACAAUGAAAAAUACAAGUAAUAAUACUUUAUAUCAAACAUCAUCAUCCUCAUUUAUAACAACUAAUAAUACUCAAACACCAACAACAACGAUUCCAAUAUCAACACAACCUGUACCGCUAGUUUCUCGAUCCUCAUCAUCGUCUAUGUCAAUUUACAAUGUCCAGCAAAAUCAUUUAGAAGUAAUAACAAAUGCGGUAGAUAAAUGGUGUAAUAACAAUUUGAAUGAUAUUGUUAUCAAACAAGAUGAUGAUUAUAUGAUUAAUUUAGUUUCACAAAAUGAUAAAGAUGUAGAAGCGUCAAUAAGAUGUGGUUGUGGAACACGUAUAUUAAUUCCAUUACGUGCAGAUUCAUCAACGUUUCAUUUAUCCAGUUAUUAUCGUCAUUUAAAUACGGGCCGUUGUAGAAUGAUACGUAAUAAACAAAAACAAAAUAAUGUAAGUAAAGAUUUAGAACAAAAAGAUGAAGAUGUUCAUGAAAUGAUUGAUGAAACUGGUGAUAACAAUGAGAUUACUGAUGAUGAAACAAAUUCAAUACAAAAUGAUAAUGGGAAAGAAAAUACAAAAUCUUCAUCUUCCGUAGCGUCUCCAUUAACCACAGUUGAUACACGUUUAAGUUUAAAAAGAAAAUAUAAAUCGGCUACUCAGAAUAGUAACCGAGAGAAUCAAAAAACGAAAUCGUCUUUGCCUAACAAGAAGAAAAAAGUUUAA